CCCGACUGAACUGGUGGGUUGGAGAAAAGAUGGAAGGCGGCAUAAAUGGCUGCAGGGACAUCCACUGAAACAUAGAGGAGGAAAUGCCUGCUUCGAAGAGUCUGUCUCCCAGGCCUGGCCCGGUGGAGCCCAGAUGCACAGCUUCCCUGCCGUGGGACCCACUCCUCUCUCAGCAUUCCAGGAAGUGACAGGACCUGCUCCCUGUGGAAGGCCCUUCUCCUUUUUAUAUUCCUGACAGCACUCCAAGGAGGCGCGCCCGUGGACCAUCUCGCUGAUACCAGGGGAGCUGCCAGCCAGAAAUCUCUAGCUGCAGCCUGGCCAGGAGCGGCUCCACCUCUGUGGCUGGUCCUCCCCACACCCAGGAACAUCUUCUGAGGAUCCGCGGCUGGCUGCCCCAAGGGCCUGAAGCUCACGUCUGGCAGCUCUACCACCCCUGCCACAGGGAGCGUGGGUGUGGAAUCACGACCCGUGUCCUUUGAUCUGGAGACUGCCCUGGUUGGGUGUGCAGAGCACUUGGAGUGAUUGCCUGCGAGAGUCACCAACUCUACACGAAGGAACCAUGGACACAAUCAGCGAGGUGGUGCAGCGGGCCAGAGCCGCCUUCAACGCGGGCAAGACGCGCCCGCUCCAGUGCCGUGUCCAGCAGCUGGAGGGGCUGCGGCGCCUGAUCCGCGAGCGCGAGAAGGACCUCGUGGGCGCGCUGGCCGCCGACCUCCGCAAGAACGAAUGGACCGCCUACUACGAGGAGAUCGUGUACGUCCUGGAGGAGAUCGACUACGUGAUCAAGAAACUCCCUGAGUGGGCUGCGGACGAGCCCGUGGAGAAGACGCCCCAGACCCAGCAGGAUGAGUCCUACAUCCACUCAGAGCCCCUGGGUGUGGUUCUCAUCAUCGGCACCUGGAACUACCCCUUCAGCCUCACCAUCCAGCCCAUGGUGGGCGCCAUUGCUGCAGGGAACGCGGUGGUCCUCAAGCCGUCGGAGCUGAGUGAGAACACAGCGAGCCUGCUGGCCACCAUCCUCCCCCAGUACCUGGACAAGGAUCUGUACCCGGUGAUCAGUGGGGGUGUCCCCGAAACCACGGAGGUGCUCAAGGAGAGAUUUGACCACAUCCUGUACAUCGGGAGCCCCGGGGUGGGCAGGAUCGUCAUGAUGGCUGCGGCCAAGCACCUGACCCCCGUCACGCUGGGGCUGGGGGGCAAAAACCCCUGCUACGUGGACAAGGACUGUGACCUGGACGUCGCCUGCAGACGCAUCGCCUGGGGGAAAUUCAUGAACAGCGGCCAGGGGUGCGUGGCCCCCGAUUACAUCCUGUGUGACCCCUCGAUCCAGAACCAAGUCGUGGAGAAGCUCACAAAGUCCCUGAAGGAGUUCUACGGGGAGGAUGCCAAGAAGUCCCGCGACUACGGGAGAAUCAUCAACUCCCUACACUUCCAGAGGGUGAUGGGCCUGAUGGAAGGCCAGAAGGUCGCCUACGGGGGCACCGGGGAUGCGACCAGCCGGUACAUAGCCCCCACCAUCCUCGUGGACGUGGACCCCCAGUCCCCGGUGAUGCAGGAGGAGGUCUUAGGGCCCAUAAUGCCCAUCGUAUGCGUGCGCGGCCUGGAGGAAGCCAUCCAGUUCAUCAGCCAGCGCGAGAAGCCCCUGGCCCUCUAUGUGUUCUCCCUAAACGACAAGGUGAUUAAGAAGAUGAUCGCGGAGACUUCUAGUGGCGGGGUGACGGCCAACGACAUCAUCGUCCACACGACCGUGCCCUCGCUGCCCUACGGGGGCGUGGGGGGCAGCGGCAUGGGGUCCUACCAUGGCAAGAAGAGCUUCGAGACCUUCUCCCACCGCCGCUCUUGCCUGGUGAGGCCUCUGCUGAAUGAGGAGGCCCUCAGAGCCAGAUACCCCCCGAGCCCGGCCAAGAUGCCCCGUCACUGAAGCUGCCCUGGCCUCGCUGUGCUGCGCCCUUGGACGGCUGCUCCUGGCACCCCUCUUGCUCCGAGGGCAUCCUCGCC